AUGAGAAUUGCAAACUGGGAGGUGGGUAGAAUACUGAUAGACGGAGGCAGCUCAGCCAACAUCAUAUACAUCAGUGCGUUCAUUGAGCUAAAGUUGAACAGAAAAGACCUGAAGAGAGUAAACUAUGAGGUCACCGGGUUUAAUGGCUCGGGGCUUACCCCAAAAGGCAUAAUCGAAAUCUCAGUCUGGGUAGGAGAGAGGUCAAAAAGACGUGAUGUCCGAGCAGAAUUUCUCGUGAUAAACUCCCCUUCACCCUACAAUGGAAUCAUGGGAAGGCCGCUCAUCCACAAGAUAGGCGGGGUGGUAUCCACUUACCACCUGGCCAUGGCGUACACAACUAAUGAGGAUGAAAUGCCCGGAAUUGACCCAACAGUCAUGGUGCAUAAGCUGAAUGUGAAUGAGGAUAUUAGGCCAGUCAGGCAGAAAAAGCGAAGCUUCUCCACGGAGAAAAACCGGGCAAUCCAAGAAGAGGUGGAAAAACUCUUGGAAGCAAGAUUUAUUGAACUCUGUGACUAUCCUAAAUGGUUAGCCAACGUGGUCAUGGUGAAGAAGGCAAAUGGGCAAUGGAAAAUGUGUGUUGAUUUCACAGACCUUAAUAAAGCCUGCCCGAAGGACUGUUACCCACUUCCACAGAUAGAUCAACUAGUAGACUCAAUUAGUGGGCACGCCCUUCUAAGCAUUAUGGACGCCUUCUCAAGGUACCAUCAGAUCAGCCUGCACGAGCCAGACAGGUAG